UCAGAAAGCUCCGAUGGAAGAAAGGCUUGUAACAAUGGCGAGCGGAGCGGGGAUUGUGUUGUCGCGUAGGAUAAGAAAGCAAAAGAAGGGAAAACCCAAAAAAAGAAAAGAUGCAGUAGAAAAAUGGUGUGGCCACAAGUUGCCCGUCACUUUGUAUGGCCCUGCUUUUUGCUCCCAUCAACCAUCAAUCUUCGCUUAUAUUUGGGAUCGAUUUCCUCUCUAAUCUCCUCUUGAGAGUGAAAGAGACGCUCUGCUUGCUCGCAGUCUUAAACCCGCCUUUCUCUCUCGCCUAAGAAAAGGUAAAUUUCAAUGAAAGCUACGCAUACUGAGAGGUGACAUUUUAGCCUUCACGACUCCUGUAAUCCCCUAAAAGCCACUUCUCUUUAUGCAGGAAAAAAAAAAUUCAGAGGAUAACUGCAAAUUCAAUCUUCUCAAAAAGUCCCUUCAUCCCUCUCCUUCUCUUAACUCUCAACUAUAUGAACUAAUAGCUCUGAUGUAAAUGGUUUCUUUUCCUCUCUUUUCUUGGUAAGAAUUAAGUACUGAGGGGAGAGAGAGAGAGAGAGAGAGAGAGAGAGACAAAGAUGUUAUUUCAUUGAGAGGCAGAGUUGUGUUCUGGGAUUGGCUGUUGGAUUAGAUGUCAGGUGGUGGCUGCAGCAUAGUUUGGUUCAGGAGGGAUCUGAGGGUUGAGGACAACCCUGCUCUUGCUGCUGCUGUGAGGGCAGGGGCUGUGGUUGCAGUGUUCAUAUGGGCACCUGAGGAAGAGGGUCAUUAUUAUCCUGGCAGGGUCUCGAGGUGGUGGCUUAAGCAGAGCUUGGCUCACCUUGACUCCUCCUUGAAGAGUCUCGGUACUUCUCUCGUUACCAAGAGGUCUACUGAUAGUGUCUCUUCUCUCUUAGAUAUUGUCAAGUCUACUGGAGCUACUCAGCUCUUCUUCAACCACCUCUACGAUCCCUUGUCACUUGUAAGGGACCAUAGAGCAAAGGAGGUUCUGACCGCCCAAGGCAUAGCUGUGCUCUCCUUUAAUGCUGAUUUGCUCUAUGAACCAUGGGAAGUUAAUGAUGUGGAUGGGCGCCCAUUCACCACCUUCAUGGCUUUCUGGAACAGAUGCCUUAGCAUGCCUUAUGAUCCAGAAGCGCCACUGCUCCCACCUAAGAGGAUAGUUUCAGGUGAUGUAUCAAGGUGCCCUUCAGAUGCUCUUGUAUUUGAGGAUGAAUCAGAGAAGGCAAGCAAUGCACUUCUUGCCCGUGCAUGGUCACCUGGAUGGAGCAGCGCUGACAAGGCCCUCACCAACUUUAUCAAUGGACCAUUGAUUGAGUAUUCUGUGAACCGCAAAAAGGCUGAUAGUGCUACAACCUCAUUUCUCUCACCCCAUUUACAUUUUGGGGAGGUAAGUGUGAGGAAAGUCUUCCAUCUUGUUCGCAUCAAACAGGUUCUGUGGGCAAAUGAAGGAAACACAGCAGGUGAAGAAAGUGUCAACUUGUUUCUCAAGUCUAUUGGCCUUAGGGAGUAUUCAAGAUACAUGAGUUUUAACCACCCUUACAGUCAUGAAAGACCUCUUCUUGGAUACCUUAAGUUUUUUCCUUGGGUAAUUGACGAGAACUACUUCAAGGCAUGGAGACAAGGUCGAACUGGUUAUCCUUUGGUUGAUGCUGGCAUGAGAGAACUUUGGGCUACUGGUUGGCUACAUGACCGGAUACGAGUUGUAGUAGCCAGCUUUUUUGUGAAGGUCCUGCAGCUACCAUGGAGAUGGGGGAUGAAGUAUUUCUGGGAUACUUUAUUGGAUGCAGAUUUAGAGAGUGACGCUCUUGGUUGGCAGUAUAUAUCCGGGACUCUCCCUGAUGGUCGGGAGUUUGACCGCAUAGAUAAUCCACAGUUUGAAGGUUACAAAUUUGACCCUAAAGGUGAAUAUGUACGAAGGUGGCUUCCUGAACUUGCUAGGCUUCCUACUGAAUGGAUACACCACCCAUGGGAUGCACCAGAACUUGUACUUCAAGCUGCUGGGGUUGAACUGGGCUCUAACUAUCCUCUCCCCAUUGUAGGAAUAGAUGCAGCAAAAGCCAGGUUGCAGGAGGCUCUUUCAGAGAUGUGGCAGCAUGAAGCAGCCUCAAGAGCUGCAGCUGAGAAUGGAAUUGAGGAAGGACUUGGGGAUUCUUCUGAUUCAGUUCCAUUUGCCUUUCCACAAGACAUACAAAUGGAGGUGGAUCACGAACCCAUUAGGAACAACCCAACUACUAUGAUUAGACGAUAUGGGGAUCAAAUGGUCCCUAGUAUAACUUCUUCAUUGAUGAGAGUUGAAGAGGACGAAGGUUCUUCUGUGGAUCUCAGACACCUUGCUGAGGAUGGUAGACCAGAAGUGCCAGCAAAUUUAAAUCUAGAUUUGGAACCUCGGAGAGAGACAUUAAACCAAGGUGAUGUGCAAAUGGUUAGAAAUAAUAACAUAAUACCACAGUUCAAUGCUAAUCUACGGCUGCACAAUGCUGAAGACUCCACUGCAGAAUCUUCUAGUAGCAGCAGUGGCAGAGGGAGAGAUGGGGGCAUAGUUCCAGUUUGGUCUCCCCCAGGUUCUAGCUACUCAGAGCAGUUUGUGGGUGAGGAGAAUGGACUUGGAAGCACUUCAUCUUAUUUGCAGAGGCAUCCCCAGUCCCACCAAGUAAUGAAUUGGAGGCAGCUUUCACAAACUGGCAGGGCAAGAAGCUAAUAUAUGGAGAACUGGAGACCAUCGUUCAACAUAAGGCCAUUGGAUAAUAUGAUGAUGGACCGACCCCUUACAAUAUUCUCCAUAUUUUUUUUCUCCACUGUAUCUGAAGCACAGUUUAUACAGGCAGUCUCCUUUUUCCCUUUUCCUUUCUCGUUUUGUACCAUAUAUAGCUCUGCUGUAUAGCAAUUGAUGUUCUAUUAAGGUGAGAAGUGUUACCAGAGAGUUGCGAUUGUGUAAUAAACCCAUAUCAGUGCCAUGCCUUUUAUUGAGUAGGCAUGUAUAUUUAUCACCAUCCAUGCGUACAAGGUCUAAUGCUUUAUCA